AUGGCCACCCCCCAAAUCACCCUCACCAGCUCCGAUGGUGUCGAUGUCACCGUCGAGCGCACCGUCGCUGAGCGAUCCGUCCUGAUCAAGAACAUGCUCGAGGAUCUCGGUGACUCCGGCGAGGCCAUCCCCAUUCCCAACGUAAGUUACUUACAUGCCAUCCAAAAGCUCCUGUCAACGAGGCCGUCCUCCGCAAGGUCAUCGAGUGGUGCGAGCACCACAAGAACGACCCCCCCCACCGCCGGUGACGAGGACGACAACCGCCGCAAGACCAGCGAUAUCGAAGAAUGGGACCAGAAGUUCAUGCAGGUUGACCAGGAGAUGCUUUUCGAGAUCAUUCUGGUGAGUAACUCGGACGCUUGUUUGGUUGCUACCGCUACCGCGCCCGCGGCGAAAGUGAAAGCGAAAGCGAAAAUCAACCCAACCCAACCAUUCACUAACCAUUUUUCUUCUUCUUCUCUUCAGGCUGCCAAUUACCUCGAUAUCAAGGCUCUGCUGGACGUCGGCUGCAAGACUGUCGCUAAUAUGAUCAAGGGCAAGUCUCCCGAGGAAAUCCGCAAGACUUUCAACAUUCAGAACGAUUUCACUCCUGAGGAGGAGGAUCAGAUUCGCCGCGAGAACGAGUGGGCCGAGGAGUGA